CAUCCCGCACGUAGCCGGCGGAUUAAUUCGCGCGGGGCCAUCGCCGCCCUCCUACCGCGGGCGGGGGCUGCCCGCGCCCCUCCCGCACGCCCCGGGCCGCUCCCGCACACUGCUGGGGCGCCGGCGGCGGUAGCAGCAGCGCAGGGCUUCGGCAGCACCGCCGCUCCCGCAGCGCCGGGCCGCGGUGCGUAGCCGAGCCCGCUGCAGCGAAAGUUUUACUUCGCCUCGCCUGGCCCCGCGCCUCGGCGGAGCCCCUGCCCGGCUCGGCCUGGAGCGGACGGCGGCCCGACGGGCAUCCCUUCCCAGCGCGGGCGCCGGCAGAGCAGCGGCGCGCCCGUCCCCGCCGCGCCAUGCCGCUGGGGCACAUCAUGAGGCUGGACCUGGAGAGAAUCGCCCUGGAGUACGUCGUGCCCUGCUUGCACGACAUCGGCUUCUGCUACCUGGACAACUUCUUGGGGGAGGUGGUGGGGGACUGCGUGCUGGAGCGGGUGAAGCGGAUGCACCGCGACGGAGAACUGGCCGACGGGCAGCUGGCCGGCCCCAGCCGCGGUGUCGCCAAGCGGCACCUGCGCGGCGACCAGAUCAAGUGGAUCGGAGGCACGGAGGAGGGCUGCGAGGCCAUCAACUUUCUCCUCACGCUGAUAGACCGGCUGGUGAUGUACUGCGGGAGCCGGCUCGGCAAGUACUACGUAAAAGAGCGAUCCAAGGCUAUGGUUGCUUGCUAUCCUGGAAAUGGAACUGGGUAUGUUCGUCAUGUGGACAAUCCAAAUGGUGACGGGCGCUGCAUCACCUGUAUUUAUUACCUGAAUAAGAACUGGGACUCCAAGCUGCAUGGUGGAAUUCUUCGAAUAUUCCCAGAAGGAAAGUCCUAUGUAGCAGAUGUUGAGCCAAUUUUUGACCGAUUACUUUUUUUUUGGUCAGAUCGAAGGAACCCACAUGAAGUCCAGCCUUCUUAUGCAACCAGGUAUGCCAUGACCGUGUGGUAUUUUGAUGCCGAAGAAAGAGCAGAAGCCAAAAAGAAGUUCAGGAACUUAACCGAUGCAAGGAAGAGAGAAGCACCUCUUAAUGAAGACUAAUCAACUGUUCAUGAACUCUUUGUGAGGAAAUAAGAUCCCAAAGAUGACUUCCAUUUCCAGCAAAUAAGGGCAAAACAUUUUUAUGCACAAGAAUGCACCGGUUGUGUCUAGCAUGUGCAUCUUACGCUGAUGGUACUUAAGGCAGCCUCCUGUCAUGCUGCAUCUAGUAGAAGAAAGACUUGUUUGCUCUUUGCCUUUUGCUGGAAAAAAUAACCAGGGUUUAAAAAAAAAAAAGAGUAUGUGAUUCUCAAGCCUAGUGGUAGUGGCUCAGCCAAUUGGCUUUUGAUCACUCUUGUAACUAAGAUAAUGGUCAUUGGAACUAGUGAUAAAAAACUGAGUCUUAUUUGCACUUUAUGGGGAAAAAAGUUCUAGUUCAAUGGGAAGAAGCCUUGAAAGUUUAAAAUCAGUUGGCAGACUGCUAAUGGGCACAGAGAUAUUGAACAUGGGAAAUAAAAUCAGAUAUCUGUAGAAUGUCAUUUUAUGGUCUGUCCCAAAUGGACCUGUUGAUGUAUUGUUCAUCAUUUUGCUGCACAGAACAUUGGCUCAGCUCUUCAGUAACGUGACUUCCCAGAUGUUUGUCUACACAGUCAUCACUUUUUCUGGAUUUUGUCUGCCCUUCAAGAGGCACGUUCUAGCUGUGCAGCUGUACUGUCCUUUGUGUCCCAGUACUGAGGGGAAAAUAAUUAUGUAUCUGUUCACAAUUUCAUAAAACCAUUUUUUUCCUGUUUUGAGCAGGAUGAGUUGUAUCUUUUCUAUUUUCACAGUUUGGUAAAGCAGCUGUUUUCUCCCAAAAGUCUGGUAUACUUGGAAGGCUUAUGGCACACAAUGCAUUGGCCCUUAAGGCCAGUGAUUUGUAGAGAAGUGUUUGCUUUGCGACUUCUCCAUCUGCUAUGUUCUGUGUGAAAUAGAUAUGAAUCUGAAAGGAAAAGAUAUGUCUGGCAGUCUGACAAAUAUAUGAUAAAUAAUGGGUAACUUAGACUUGAUUUUUAUGCUGCGUAUUCUUAGUGAACACGUUUAAUUUUGCAUGCAUAUGUAAUUUGAAUGAAACUGCAAUUGUUUCAAUUGAUCUGUGAUGCCAGGCAACUACUACUGCUGUGCCUAAGCUCUGAGAUCAGAGUUUUUCAAUGGCAAAGCACACAUUUUAUUUCUCCAUUAUUUUUUUAAACUUAUUAGACUCAAUGAGUAACUGGUGACCUGUUUCCAAUCUGUCUAAACUUCUACAACCAGCACUUACUAUGCAGUUCAGAAUAGCUCUUAAUGAAGCUGGGAACUGGCAGUGGAUGUAUUUAUCACUCACACUAAUUGUUCUCAACCUAAUACACUCACUUGCAUUCAUUUUUACCUGUCUGUUUGUAUGUCAGACCCUAUUAAAUGUUCCAAAUAGAUGCCCCCUUCAGUGUCCCAUAUUUUCCUGUUCCACCUGCCCUUGGUGGUGAAGGUGGUCUGAACCACUGGCCCCUGCAGCACUUCCCCAUGCUCUGCUGGGUUGUCGUGCUGUGAUGGGGCUGCACUUGAGCCAGGGAAUGGAAAAAUAGUGUGCUAUGGCAACUGUUAAACGUCAGUGAUAGAAAGGUAACAGCUGCAUAGGACAGAAAAGAAAUAACUUUCAUGACAUAAAAAAUGACAAUCAAAAAUGGAGUGUUUUUUUAAAGCAGUUUUAUAUCUUAAAGAGAAAGAAAAGCUGAGCAUCCUUCAGCCUGCCCAUGAAUGCUGGAUGUAAAUACAACAGUGCUAAGAAGCCCCUUAUUCUCUCUAUUUUCUCCCAGAGAUCCAGCUCUGGUCUUACAGGCCUAACCACUGUGCACCUUAAGAGGGGAAUAUGAGGGAACAUGUGUGACAAAUAUUCUUACAACUCAAGACUAGAAAAAGAUGAAGAACAUGAUAAAUGUGUUUUAAUUCUAGGAAAAAACAUUCUUCUACUACAGUUGCUUCUAAGUAACACACCAGCGACUUGACAGAAACUUAGUGAUAACUUGAAAUUCUCAUUCUGAAAUAUUCAUGUGGGAGGUGAAAGAGCUUGGGCUCUUGAGAGUGAGAGGAUAACCCUUUGAAAUGUGAGAGGUGUUGGAAAAGACAGCAUUACUAUUUAGAGAAGGUGAUGGAGUAUAACCUGUUGUAUUACUAGGCAAAGUUGAUAAUGGCACAUGAAUUUGAAACUCCAACAUGAUUUUAAAAGGAGGAAAGCCAGAUAAAACAGAGCAAAUACUGCUUUGCCUCUAGAAACUGUAACCUUAAAACUGAACUAGAAAGCAUUGUUAGUACACAUAUUACUGGAGCCUGGAACAGUAGAAAAACAAUGUGGUGGAAGGGGAAAAGCUUUGUGUAAGGCCUAAAAAAGGAAGGUACUUCAGUUAUCACUGUUGCUACCACCAGGUUUCUGCAGCGGUCAGCAACAGGUAUGGUGCAUGGAGCAGAAUAGUUGCAUUUAUUGUAAAAAAAGUACAUAUUUUCAUUUUUAGCCAAUAUCGUCCUCAUCUAUAUUACAUGUAUAGAAGACAGAGCAAUUAUUCUGUGGCAGAGAAUGUUGUCUUUAUUAACACUCGUAAUCAAGUACAAAAAAAGUUGAGGGUUUGAGAGCUUGAAACUAAUUCCUCAGUCCUCUGUUUCAGAUUUCUACUUUGUUUCCAGUGUGAUGAUCUCCUUGAAGAAGCUGUAGUUUAACUGGGGAUGGGGUGUAGGGGGGUGUUGGUCAUGUAGGAAUAUACAGGUGUGAUGUUUCCUACAUAGAUUUCUCUUGUCUGUCUCUAGAAUUCUUGCAAACUGCUCUGUAAGAGUGAAAUUAUCUGUCUCUGUGAGGGAAGCAGGCUGCUACAGUGGGGAGGGUAUUUCAAAGAGGCUUUUUCCUUGUGUUUUCUCUUCAUAGUAAGCUGUUUAAAUCAAAUGGCUAAGCAGCACUUGUCAGCCAGUUGUGAAAAGGAAUGUUUUAUCUAAGGCAUUUAACUUUAAAUCCUUCAAAAAUUCGGGUGGUUUUUUGGUUUUUUUUUUUUUUUUUAAAUCUUUAGGUAAUGUGCCUUCAUUGUUCAUAUCUGUGAAGAUGUUUCAUGCUGCAUGUGCAUGUCAUAUCAUGCAAGUUUUUGGUGGCUCUUUAAAAAACAUGGUUGCCUUUUCAAUUGCAUGGAAAAAUGUGCAGAGCCACAAAGCUGCAGUUUUCAACAGGAGGUUUUUGCUGUACAGGGAGGAAAAAAGGCCAGGAAUCAGUGCUGAAAAUUAAGAGACUAUUUUUAUUCUUAAACCUGUGACCACUGGCCUUUUGAGCAAAGUAGCCUCUAAUAAAUCUUUUUCUCUAGAUUACUUCUGGUUCUAUGAAGAAUGACUUUUACAACGUAGUGUCUACAAAGUUCCACUCUUUUUUUCCCUUCUAUUUUUAAACAGUUUUAGUCCUUUGUGUUUUUUAAAAUGUUGGAAUAUAUUAUAUGUAUUUCUUGUUGUUGCAAAAUAGCUGGCUCUAACACCACUUGCAUCUAGAAGAAAAUGUGUCUAUUUGCAGGCAAAUGACUAGUUCUACUUUGGCUGUGAUGUACUCCCAGCAGCUAUCUGAGAGUGAGUUAUGAUUACAUCUUCUCUUGUCAGGUUGUAUGCUGGUCAACAAUGCUGGCACUUUGCAUUGGAUUCAUGUAGAAACCCUUAGUAGUAUUUUACCACACAUCACAUUUUGUGUUCCUGUUACUAUUAAAAAAAAAAUGUUGCAGGAGUCAAUAAACACUGGGUCAUGUUAAA